CUAUAACAUUUCAUGUUUACUACUACAUAUUUUCAAGAAGGCCCUUGCUCAACCCCUAUAAAUGGGUUAGCGUUUUGCUUCAUAUACACAUUCCUCGUGUCCAAAGAUAAUGGCGAUGCUUUACCAAUAUUACUUCUUCACACUUCUUUCUCUUGUUUUUGUCGUAAUUAGUCAUGCAGCAAAUUUAUCUCCUGAGGUGUAUUGGAAAAUCAAACUGCCCAAUACUCCUAUGCCCAAACCUAUCAAGGAUGCCCUACACAUUUCUGGGAAAACGUCCCAACCAUAUGGAGGUCUUACUUGGGAUUGGUUUCACGUUUUCUCCAAGAACGAGCUACACAAAUUACACCAAUUAAGCCAACCAUAUGGAGUGUACUUUUAUGGUGUUUCUUUGAAAAACCUUAAUGAAGAUCACCUAGUUACACGUUUCUUUUUUGAAACCGAUUUACAUCAAGGGAAAAAAGUGAAUCUUAAGUCGCUCAAAAACAACAAUCCAGCUCCCAUUUUGCCUCGCAAAGUUGUAGAUUCCAUCUCUUUCUCAUCGAACAGAAUUGAGGAAAUUCUUGAUCACUUUUCUGUUGACAACAAUUCAGAAGAUGCUAAAGUGAUCAAGAGAACAGUCGAACUCUGUGAACAGCCCGCAGCUGAUGGAGAGAUAAAAUAUUGUGCCACUUCCUUGGAAUCUAUAAUUGAUUUCGCCUCAUCUCGCUUGGAAACAAACAAUAUUUUGGCAAUUCACACCGAGGUAGAGAAGGAAACUCCAGUGCUGCAAACAUAUACUAUCAAAGAAGUGAAAGAGAAAGCAAACGGUAAAUGUGUCAUAUGCCACAAAGUACCUUACCCAUAUGCAGUACACUUUUGCCAUGAUGUAGGAAGCACCAGGGCUUUUAGGGUCACUAUGGUGGGUGCUGAUGGAACAAAAGUUAAUGCAGUAUCAGUCUGCCAUGAGGAUACUGCAUCCAUGAAUCCUAAGGCAUUGGUUUUUCAGUUGCUCAAUAUUAAGCCCGGAGAUAAGCCUAUUUGCCAUUUUAUUAUGGAUGAUCAAAUUGCCCUGUUUCCUUCACAAAACGCAGUUCUUCAAAUGGCUGAAGGCUAACAUGGAGAAAGUCGGAUCAUCACCUGCUCCUUUGAUGUAAUAGCUGCAAUGCUUUGUGUAAUAAUGUAUUAUCCUGAUGUAAAUACCGUUUAUCGCAAUGUUUUGUGCAAUAAUGCAUGCCCUGAUGCAAGUACUAGUUAAGUGUGUUAAUCAAGGUUUAAUCAUGAACGAUGUACAUAUGGUUGGUGAAUGUAUGUUGUUAUGGAGAUUAUGACUUCUUGUUUUCCAUAUUAUUCAACAAGAAAAGAUUAACGGA